ACGAACCGGCCAACAACCUACUCUCAUCCCAGCAACUAGAUGAAUGCUUGAUUUUGAGGCAGUCAGUGGUGAACCGCCAUUUCCAUGCGACUACCAUGCCUUGAAGCUGCUACCAUUCCAAGAAGGGCGUUACUUCCCAUUGCAAUUGCCUCUACAGUGCUAAAGGCUCGCCGCUUUACACACAGUGACUUCUACAUCACUGCUGAAGGCCAGAGGAAACUCAUCAAGUCCCCCGAUUUUCUGUCUUUUCAAUAUCUGUCUCAGGAAGAAAAGAUAAGACUGUCCUCUCCUCCGCCAGACCCUAAUGAGCUUAAAGACCUGGUACUGCAAGGACAGUAUGAAGGCGCUCGACGACUACGCAUCCAUUUGUUAUCACUUCAGCCCAAAAAUUUCAUGCAGGAAUUCGUAACGUGGUUAUCCCUUGUUCCCCCGAAGCACGAGGCGCCAGAUUGGCGAUGCCCUUUCUCUAGAAUACAGCGAUUUCUGUUCAGUACUGGUGUUCCGGCCGACAGUUUCCCUGUCGUGACUCAAUUCAGUAUGGUUACUGCAUCGAUGGGGUACCUCAAGGACAUAUGGCCCCGUCUUGGCCACACGCUUGCUCUUCUCGCUGACCCGGCUUCGGGUCUUAGUUAUCUCAUGGAUUUAGAACGGGCGGUGGUUAAAUAUGAGAAGGAACUGCACCCUGAACGUGUGCUACAGAUAGAGGAGCGUUACCGCUCCAUGAUGAUCAACGCGUGCUGCCAUAUGGGGUGGUUGCAACAAGCCGUCAACCUCUUACACAAGAGUGGCGGUAUUCGGCUACCCCUGGACAUAUAUCAGUUGAUAUUGGACAAGCUCAGGGAGGACGGCGACGAGAACGGUGUCGGGAUUACGAUGAGGAUCAUCGCCGAACAGGAGGAUAGUGUCGCGUGGCAAAGGCGGUAUACCCUGCUCAUGCCGUCUCGUUAUCAUCGUUACUACGGUGCAGCAGAUGCUCAAGCAAUCCAGAAGCGUUCCGGGAGCAAGCCUUGAUAUGCAAUAUCAACGCUCCACCAUGGUUUAUCGUCUGGAUACAAUGAUCGUCCUAUAUGUCAGGCCGAUUUACGACCUACCCGAGGUCGCUGAACGCCUUGUAU